GGCGAAGGUUGGGCACUCGUCGGAGCAGAUGCGUGAUGUUUUGACUAAGCGUUGUUAGUGUAGCGGUAGGCGCGCAGUGCUCGCCUCAUAUAACGUUUCCAAGCGUGAAAAAGGAAGCAGCAGAACGAAAGCCUAUGUAGCUUGCACGGCACUGAUUCAACCAUCCGGCAAUUGAAUAUUGCGACAGUGAGAGCGGAAGAUACGCUACCGUCAUUCGUCCGUGUUUCUCAUGGCAUCAACGAGCUUCUGCUUCAAGAAGACAUCCGGUGUCAUAUUUGCUCGACAAAAUCGCAGUGGGUGAGCUAAAAGAGCUCCAGCAGAGAACUGAAUGUACUACGACAACGACUACGCCAGUAGUCAAACCACGGCUAGCACGGCUGUCUACAAGUUUUUUUUUUCUUCUUCUACAGUGCUGUGCUCCUCGGCCCCAACAGGAACCUGCUCUUGAAUUUGGCUUGCCUCUUUGCCGACCAUAGGGAUGCAGGUGUUGGUUUAUGCAUGAAACUUGUGGUACCAAAGCUCAGUGGACAAUCCAACUAAAACGGACAAAGGAAGAUACAGGGAGUUUUUAUAGUGCGCGUUCUCCAGAUCAAGGUACGAGAUGCACUUCCGUACUUCUGUAAGCAAGCGAUUUAAGGUAAAGCAUCUUUAUUGCCUCGUAUUAGGCGCUACGUUUCUCGCCACAUGCUCCGUACUUUAUCUGAAUAAGCCAAGACAUCCGCUUCCGCCGUUCUACUGUUGGGAUCUGCCCGUGCCGGAGGUGACCGUAGAAGAGUACAACGACACGUUUGUGCCAAACAUUGUGCAUUUCAUAAGGCUCGGUAAUGCUCCGUUAUCCUUUAUCGAGGUUGUGAGCAUUCGAGCGGCCUGGCUCCAGCAAAGCCCUGACUUUCUGAUGAUUCACUGCGACAACUGCAGCGCGACCAUCCAAAGCGCGCACUGGAAAGACAUCAAAGACAUCCCGCGACUGACUCUCAGGUACGUCGACAAGCCGAAGACAAUUUUUGGCACCAAGGUGAGCUGGAUCGAGCACGCCUCCGACAUUGUUCGCAUCAGGGUGCUGAGAAAGUAUGGAGGCAUCUACCUCGAUAGUGACUCCUACAUCGUGAAGAAUCUUGACAAGUACAGGCGCUACGAGACGGCCAUAGGAUGGCCGCCAGGCCAGUGGAUGGGCAACCAGAUCAUCGUGGCCCAUAAACGAUCCGAGUUCCUGCGUCUGUAUUACGAGUCGUAUCACAAGUACCGACCUGACCUUUGGUAUUACAACGCCGGUCAUGUACCCACACUGGAGAUCCUCGACACGAAGCCGCACCUCGUUUACAGAAUUCCGUGUGACUUCGGAGUGCACGAAGACAUCACGAGGAUCUUGUUUGAACAGUGCAACGACGACUGGAGGAACUUCACAGCCGUGCACGUGUUCUUCAGACACAGGGCUUACUACUGUCCCUUUGACAAAUUCGGACCCAUCAACUUCGAGACUGUAGGAAAGUACGCCGCGAAUUUCGGGAAGAUGGCGCGCCUAGUGCUCACAGGUUCGACGAGGUUGGGCGGAUCCGUGGUGAAGAACAUAUCGUUGCUGAGUGCGGAAAAGCUGGAUUAUUCGCAAGGAUGUCGAUAAUGAUGACGUGUGACAUGUCUAUUUCUACUGUGAGUAUACUAAUAAUACAUUGUUACAUGUACAUGCCACAUUACAUGUUACAUGUAGAUGUCAUUAUCAUAUUACAUUGUCAAUGUGUAAUGUCCCUCCUGCAUGGGCCAGCUUCAUGGCCUGUAUGUUGAAUAAAUAAAAAUAAUUAAUCCCCGAGUGCUUUAUAUCGCGCAGUGAGCAAGUCUUAGUGGUCAUGUUACUGGUUUAUAUGCUCACGGUAGUCUAUAUACUCAUAGUAUUUCUGCUGAUAUGACCAAAAAAGAUGCCCGGAAUUCCCACUGAACCAAAUCUUUGCAGAAAAAAAUACUAAGACUAGUAAAUGUUGUGAUAACUUAGAUGGGCUUUAUUUCUUUACUAAGAAUGAGGUGGAGUAUGCGUAUCCAUGGUUGUGAGUGCACGAAAUGUCCGAAGUGAGCAUUUGCAAACUAGCUUUGUAUGAGAUGUAUGAGAGUAUCAAAAGGAGACAAAAAAUUAA